AUGGAGAUUAAGGAAGUAAACGAGUCGUCUAGGAACAUAAUUGAUGAAGAAAUUCCCUUAUUGGUAAAAUCAACCAUACCCGAAGUACAGAAAAACCUCGUACAAAAAGCCAUUAGUCAGACAUUUGCAAGCACGGCCCACUUGGCCAAUCUUCUACCCACCGGCUCAGUGCUUGCUUUUCAACUUCUGUCGCCAAUAUUUUCAAACCAAGGUGAUUGUGAUGCAGUGAGUCGAUCCUUAACUGCCGGUCUGGUAAUCCUAUGUGGAUUGUCGUGUUUUUUAUUGAGUUUCACAGAUAGCUUCAAGGACCCGAAGGGGAAUGUCAGUUAUGGGUUUGCCACAUUCCGUGGCUUGUGGAUCAUUGAUGGAUCUGCAACUCUACCACCUGAGGUGGCAGCAAAGUACAAGCUGAAAUUUAUAGAUUUUGUCCAUGCCUUGAUGUCAAUACUGGUUUUUGCAGCCAUUUCACUGUUUGAUCAAAAUGCGGUGAGCUGCUUUUACCCACAGCCAUCAGACGGAACAGAAGAGGUCCUCACAGCACUGCCGGUCGGAAUUGGGGUAAUAUGCAGUAUGUUGUUCGUUGUCUUCCCAACUAAACGACAUGGAAUUGGCUUCCCGGUCUCAGAUAGUUAA